UAAAGAUGGGUGCCAGUAAUGCCCGUAAAGACAGAAGAAAUCACUCUUCUAAUGACUCAGAUGUUCCUAGGAAGAAAGUCAAACUCAAUAGAGGAAGAUCUGAGUAUAGAACUGUGACAAGGAACGCUCGAAAACCUCUUCGUAGAGAAGAAGAAGAAGAGGAAGAAGUAGAGAAUGAGGAGAUGCAGGACAGAAACAAGGGUCCAUAUGCCACCGAUGAGUCCAGUGAUGAUGAAAAAGAUGCUGUGGAUGAUAAAGGAAAAGCUUAUGAUGCUUUGCUGAACUUGUUGACAGCUGAGCAGGAGCUUGAAGAAGAGGACGAACAAGAUGACAAUGCGGAAGACAUAAAUAAUGGACACAGUGAAAAAGACGAAAGGGAUGAGGAGGAAGAACAAGAAGAACAAGAAGAAGAAGAGGAAGAAGAAGAUCAUAUUGCUGGUAUUGUUCAGGAAGAGUCUGAUAACGAUGAAGAAGAAUUUGCUGAUGAAUCAGAUGAUGAAAAGGACAACGAAGAUCCAUUUGAAGUUCAUUUUGCUACUGCUCCAGAGGAUUAUCUAAAAGAGUGUACUGAUAAGUUCCAGAAGGGAACUAACAGAUGGAUCAACCAAAAGUUCCAGACCAAGACGCAUAGUUGUAUUGCAUCUCUCCCACCAGUGGAAGGGUCCUCGAACUUCAGAUCUAUCCCGAAAGAUCAUUCGUUAGAUUCAUACAGCAUUAAGAACCGUGUUUUGGAAAAAUUUAUUGAAAACUAUGGUCCAACACUUGACGAUGAUAUCUCCAAACAGAUAUUCGACCCUAUGAUGUCUUACAGGGAUAUUAUAUUCCCAUAUGUUUCUCACACAAACGUCUCGAAUUAUAGAAAAUUGUACGCAUUGCAUGCACUGAACCAUGUAUACAAGACCAGAGAUCAUAUUCUAAAGGAUAACCAAAAGAUCGCCAAUCAAAACGAGAAGCUAGAGCAAGGUCUAAUCAAACCAGAGGACGAGAAGGAGUUUAGAGAUCAAGGUUUCACCAGACCUAAAGUCCUUAUUCUUCUACCUACAAGACACCAAUGUUAUCAAGUAGUUGAAGAAAUGAUUAAGCUAUGUGGAGCAGAUCAGAUUGAAAAUCAGAAGAAGUUUAAAGGUCAGUUCUACAGCGAUUCUGGAGUCCCAGACUCGAAACCUGAAGAUUUCAGAGAUUUAUUUGAAGGGAACACCAACGAUUUCUUUUGUCUCGGAGUGAAGUUCACCAGAAAAACCUUGAAGCUGUAUUCGUCAUUUUACCAGUCUGACAUUAUCUUUGCGUCCCCAAUUGGACUUCAAUUGGUGUUGGAGAAUCCUGAUAAGAAGAAACGCCAGUCCGAUUUCCUUAGUUCCAUUGAGAUGUUUAUCGUGGAUCAAGCACAUGCCAUUGAAUUACAGAAUUGGGAUCACAUCUUGACGAUCUUGAAAUACCUGAACAAGAUCCCGGAAGAGAUGCACGACACCGACUUUUCGCGUGUUAGAAUGUGGUCAAUUGAUGACCAAGCCAAAUACUUUACCCAGAGCUUGAUCUUUACCGAGUACAACACCCCGAACGUCAACAAUCUGUUGUCUAGAUCGAUGAACAUCUUUGGUAAGUACAGGUUUAGAACACUUGUGUCGAACAAGGAGAGUGCCAUGGCGAAAGUCGGGCUGAAGAUAAGGCAAAUCUUCUCAAGAUUCGCCUCUUCCUCUCCUAUGGAGGAACCUGAUGAGAGGUUCAAUCAUUUCAAGUCUGUCAUCGUCCCAUCUCUGAGCAAGCAAACCGGGUACGAGGACGGCUUAUUGCUCUACAUUCCACAGUACACAGAUUUCCUAAGAAUCAAAAACUACUUGAAGAAUAAGACUUCAUUGAUGUUCUGUGAUGUGAAUGAGUAUUCGGAGCAGAAGGACUUGUCACGCUCAAGAGCCUUGUUCCAACAAGGCCGCCGCAAGAUCCUGCUGUAUACCGAGAGAUUACACCACUACAGAAGAUUUGAUCUCAAAGGUGUGAAGAACAUCUUGAUGUACGGUGUUCCAAACAACCCGCUGUUCUACACAGAGGUUGUCUCGUCCAUCGGGAGAUCCGUGUACGACGAGAUUGCCGACUUCAACAUCUCCACGGUCAGGGUGCUGUAUUCGAAAUGGGACGCGUUGGCACUGGAGCGGGUGGUUGGCAGUGAAAGGGCACCUGUUCUCACACAUGGCCAGAACGAAUUCUACGAGUUUAGAUAGUUUGAUAGCUUAUAUUUUAU